GUCAGCUACCUCCGCCAGUUCGGCUACUUGACGACCAGUGGCGCGGAAUCGCAGCUGACCACAGAGGCGAUUUCGUCCGCGUUGAAGCGAUUUCAGCGGAUGUUCGGCCUACCGCAAACUGGCAUCAUGGACGAACGUACGGCUGCGUUGAUGGCCAAGCCAAGAUGUGGUGUUAAAGAUGAACCGACAAUGAGGUAA